AUGCACCCAGUUGGACGCGAUGAAUGUCUGGAGGUUGAACCUGGAAGCUCGAACAACAUGGGCGGUGGGCAGGACGUAGGACGGAGCCUUGUACCCGGAGAUCCUAUUGCCAACGAAACUUUGACGACCUCGGUCGCGAAUGAGAAGGAUCUGGCGGAAUUCUCGGUCACGAACGAGAUGCUCGAAGCUGAGAAGGCGUUGAUAUUGUCAAAGAAGGAAACGGAGCGCGACCAGGUGUUCAAUCGACACGAUGACUUGGUUCGCGAAAAGUUCCAUAUGGAUAACUACAGGAACAUGUUGACCUACCACCCUUCGGCCGCGAAGGAGGAUGAUAGUCGCGUCUUCCAAGAGUACAAAGCCUCUUUUGACCUUGUCGGGAUGAUCCAACCUACAGCAGGUCCUUCUCGCCAAACUCGCCGGACCAUCAACGAACGCAAGAAGCUAGUCAAUGCUUUUGCUCCAAUGCCUUCGUCUUCGUCUUCAGCAGCACCUCCCAGGCCCACUAAACGCAAACUAGUCCCUGAUGUGCACGUUCAGAAUCGCGAGAUUUUCGAUAUCCUAAACGAUGCUUUGGGGAAGGGCAAAGGGAAGGAGGUUGCACCAGAACCGUCACAGCCGACUCCGAAGAGGAUGAAGACCGCACCUCCCUCCGAGCUAGUAGCGCAAAAGUCUCCGUCACUGUCACGAAGCUCCUCUCCUCUCACAGACCUCGACGAGGAACUUACGAUCAUCAUACCGCGUAGGAAGCCUCCGGCCGGACCCAAACCUGUAGAUAAAGACAAGGGUCCUCGACUGAACGGAAAGGAGAAGAAGGCGAAGAUGAAGAAAGCUGCUAUCGUCAUCGACGAAAACUAUGAUGGGGUAGAGGCGCCCUUGCUGGAAUCGAGAGCAAAAACCACGAAGGGGGACAAGCCCAACCAAGUACCGAUCAGUCCGAAACCGCGCCCUCAACCUAUCUCUCCUGUUUUAGGGGACCCUCCCGGCUGUUCAUUGGUUCCUGACACCACCGAAGGUCCAUCCAAAUCCCUUCCAAACAAAACAAUAAAACGCAUCAAGCUGGUUGUGCGAAAACCAUCACGAACAUACACCAACCCUGCCCAAAUCCCUCUCCCUCCGAAACACGGGGGCUCUCUAUCUGCACUCCUCGCGACCUACAGAACCAACGGCCUCAAGGAGAUUGUAGAUGAGAAAGCGUACCAGCGCAAAAUCAAGAAGGAAGCCGAGAUUCGAAAUCGAGAGCUUUUAUUUCGUCGACAGCAGAGGUUUAUCCCGGGCAAGGAUGUGUACUUCGGCACGCGACUCGACGAAGACGACUCUAAUCCUGCGUACGAGCCUCCAAAGAGGACAACUACAGACCAUUGGGAUGACGUCGUCGAGGCUGCAGUUCUCAAUGGCAAGGCGAGGCUGGGGAAGCGGAUACCUGUCGGAAGGCAGGUAGCAGGCCAGGUUGCUGCGCGGAUUCGAGCGUACUGGGAUGCCCAAGAGGCGAAGAAGGAAAGGGCGAGGUUACAGGAAGAGAAGCGACUCAGAACCCUGGCCAAGUCCACUAUCAAGCUGGUCGUGGCGGAAUGGAAGAAGGCCGUAUUCCACAUACGAGAGAAACGCAGGCUGGAAGAGGAAGAAGAAGAACGUAGGCUUGGCCAGGAGCACCUCAAUGCCAUCCUCGAGCAGUCCGGGCAUAUUCUCUCAACGCAGCAGCGACACUUGAUACAAGGUGUAACCAUGCUCCAAGGUGGGCAAGGCUCUGACGAUGAGGACGGAGAAGGGGCUUUGGGAGAAGAGCUAAGCGAUACCGACGACUAUGUGUCUGACGGGUCCUUACCCGCCAGUCAGAUAGCGGACACAGAUUCAGAAGGGUCGGGGGAUCGACUGGGGACCAACCUGCUCCUCAUGGACUCAGACAAUCCUCAGAGGCUACGAGACGGUAUCCAAGAUGGUCUAGAGGACGAAACGCUCAUUGACAAUAUCCUCGUUCCUGAUCCGGACAAAUCGCCUGUUCGACAAUCUUCGCUAGCGCCCCUUGAGGACAUCCUUUUGUCUGGCUCCAUGAGCUCUGACCCUAUUACUCUGUCCCCCUCGCCCAACAAACCGAUAUUCAACCACGAAAGUGCACCUAUUUUCGGGGACGAAUAUGUGGCGUCCGCCCUGGAACGAGAAGACUUUGGGAUCUAUUCCCCGGAACCACUCAGUCGGCCUGAUACGCCUGUCAAUGGCGAAGGCCCGGCUUCAUCACGGCCGACUAGUCCUACAUCGACAGCCAUGGAUGUUGACGCUGAGCCAGGCAUGACCUUGGAAGAACAGGAAGAGGAGGGCAUCGAUGAGGAAGGCAUUGUGCCAGAGAAUCCAGAGGAUUCCGACUACAGUCGGAUACCCGCCUAUCUCCGUCCCUAUGCUGUCGCGCCGGUGGAUUGGGACCCAUCUCGGACCAUCCAGCCGCCUUCACUGCUCAGAGGAGUUCUACGACCGUACCAGCAAUCGGGGUUGGAAUGGCUUGCGAGUUUACACACAAACCAUAUGAAUGGGAUUUUGGCGGAUGAAAUGGGAUUAGGGAAGACGAUCCAGACAAUCGCCCUGUUGGCACACCUUGCCUGUGAUCGAGGAAUCUGGGGCCCUCAUUUAAUCGUUGUUCCCACCAGUGUUCUCCUCAACUGGGAGAUGGAGUUCAAGAAAUUCCUGCCUGGGUUCAAGGUUGUCAGUUACCACGGGUCUCCCAAACGACGGAAGGAGCUCCGACAGGGCUGGCGAGACAAAUACAGCUUCAAUGUCUGCAUCACCUCGUACACCCUAGCAAGCAGAGAUCAACUGGUGUUCAAGCGCAAGAAUUGGUACUACCUCAUCUUGGACGAGGCGCAUAUGAUCAAGAAUUUCCGUUCGCAACGCUGGAACGUUCUCUUGAUGUUUCGGUCUUUUCGACGGUUGCUGUUGACUGGUACACCGCUGCAGAACAAUUUGACAGAGCUUUGGUCGCUUCUUCAGUUUCUCAUGUCGGGGUCAGACUUUGCCAAUCUCAAGGAAUUCGGCGAUUGGUUCUCCAACCCUCUCGAGAAGGCAAUCGAACACGGCGAUGUUGACGAAGAGACCAUGCAACGGGUCUCCAAGCUGCACACGGUCCUUCGACCAUACCUCCUUCGACGUUUGAAGCGGGACGUCGAGAAGGAACUCCCAAGCAAGUUUGAGCACUUGGUCUUGUGUCCUCUCUCCAAACGCCAGCGAUUUCUCUACGACGAGUUCAUGUCACGAGCGCAAACGCAGAAGGACCUCCAAUCCGGUGUUUAUUUGAAGAUCGCCAACAUUCUUAUGCAGCUCCGCAAAGUCUGCAAUCAUCCAGACCUAUUCGAAGUUCGGUCGAUUGUCACCUCAUUCGCCAUGUCACGUUCUGCGAUCGCCGAUUAUGAAAUCAAGGAACUGCUCGUGCGCAGACGGUGGUGUGAAGACAUGGAAGAGAAUGUCAACCUCGAUGUUCUUGGCCUUCAAUUUAUCCACCGCCAGAACGUGUCUCAGUAUGCGGCCGGGAGAAGGCAGGAGUUGGAUGCUACCUCCCGUUUGCCUUUUUAUGGCGAAGGAAUCGGCAAAGCCCCGCCUAAAGAUACCAGGACCAUCGCCGGCUUUCGCAACUACGCUCGAUAUCUCGAACGAGCCAAGGCAAUUGCCCACUGGUCACACAUCAGCUACCUCAAUCGGCUACGGUGUAGCGAGCACCCUAUUGUGAGCACGGAGUGCAUCUCUCAAGUUCACUUCGCCAAACCGCUUCUACCUCUAUCUCUCACCGACCGCCGCCAUGCUUACUUGGAUACAGUUUACUCCGUCCACGCUGCUGUCCUGUCCCAUACCGAUCGAGAACAGCAGAUGGCAGGGCUCAUCGACCGAUUCGCUUUCGUUACCCCCUCCGUCGUAGCUCUGGAUAUGCCAAGGAUAGCCCUCGCAGGGCAUUGCGAUCGCAUCCUCCAAUCACCACCUGAAUUUGACAACAUCCUCCAUCGAGCGGCCGUCAAACUUCAGAUAGCAUUCCCCGAGCCUUCUCUCUUGCAAUACGACUGUGGAAAGCUUCAGCGGCUUGCCGAGUUGUUACAAGAGAAGAAGGCAGGUGGCCAUCGAGUCCUCAUCUUCACUCAGAUGACCCGCGUCCUCGACAUUCUCGAAGUUUUCCUCAACCACCAUGGAUAUUUGUACCUCCGUUUGGAUGGCGCGACAAAGAUCGAGGAUAGACAGUACAUUACGGAAAGGUUCAACGCGGACUCGCGGAUCUUUUGCUUCAUCUCUUCAUCUCGAUCUGGAGGGAUAGGCAUCAAAACACCCCAAACUGACGCAAAGUACAGCCUGACUGGUGCAGACACGGUUAUCUUCUAUGAUAGCGAUUUCAACCCCCAAAUGGAUCGCCAGUGUGAAGAUCGGAUUGGCCAAAUUCGUGAUGUUCACAUCUACCGCUUUGUAUCCCAAUACACUGUCGAAGAAGCAAUGCUCCGUAAAGCCAACCAGAAACGAUCUUUGGACGAUCUGGUCAUUCAAAAGGGCGAGUUUGAUUGGCGAACGCUGUUCAACAAGGAAGAAACUGCUCUCACCAAGGCUCUCGGCGAAUAUGACGAUGCUGAAGACGCGCAUGCCGCCGAGCUUGCUACUCGCGAAGCCUUCGAAUUGGAAGGUGCGGAUGCGGCGGAUUUCGAGGAUGGGUCUGGGCCCCGUGGAGGUAAUCCCGGCGCCGCGAAGCCGGCUGGAGGAGACGAGAACAAUCGUGCGGCCUCCCCUCCCCAGUUUGAGGGUAUUGUCGAUGCUGCUGGAGCGGGAGAAGAGGAUGAAGAGGAAGGCGGAACAACUGUGGAUUACAUGGUCGCUUUCGUUGAAUACGAUUACGACUUUUUCAGCGAUUGGCGAAUCUGA